GCUACCACCCUUGAUGCUUGAUCAGAACGUCUUUCAGCACAUCCAGCAGAUAGCCAAGCAGCAAGAGCUGCUGCAGUCAGAGAUUGGGGCCCAAGAUCAGUUACGCAGGCGGCUGCUGGAACAGCAGCAGCAACAAUUUGACAUGGAGCUGGAGCAGGACUCUAUGAUGGGCCAGCUUCCUCCUCUUCCACCGCCUCCUCCCCAGGCAAUGACCCAGGAGCAGAACAGACAGCCAGAUAAUGAUCAGGAUGACAGAGACAACAGUGAAAGCCAGGAACGUAUGGAGAAGGCAGACCGUCGCAGACACAUAGAAGCAAGGGAAAGGUCCCGGGACCGGUCACCGCGGAGAAGGUCAAGGCGUUCCAGGUCCCGGUCAAGGGAUAGAGAUCGUGACAGGAGGAGACGGUCAAGGUCUCGUGAUCGCCAUAGAAG